GCCGCGGUAUUCGGUAGUUGGGGAUGAAGGCGUUAAUUGAAAAGUGUACAUCAGAAAAAAAUACACAAGAUAAUUGGGAUUUAAUUUUAGAAAUUUGUGAAAAAUACGCUAAACAAGAGCCAGCAAUUUGUAUUCAAACAAUAUGUAAACGAAUAUUUCAUAAAAAUCCAAAUGUAUCUAUUCGAUCUAUAACAUUAUUAGAUGCAUGCAGUAAAAAUUGUGGUAAACAAUUUAAUAGAGAAUUAGCUUCAAAAGAUUUUUCACAAUUAAUCAAGAAAAAUUUCUCUAGUUUACAACGUAUUCCAUCUAUUAAAUUAAUUGAUAUCUUUGAAAAAUGGUCAAUUGAAUUUAAAAAUGAUUCAGAAUUAGCAUUAGCAGCUAGUUUUUAUAAUUGGGUUAAAACUGAAUAUCCAGAUCUUGUGAAACAAGCAAUGAAUGAAAGACAAAUAGUUAAACAUGGUCCUUCACGCCAACAUGUUGCACAAUUACAGGCUAAAGAAGAAGAAGAUUUAGCACAAGCUAUUGCUUUAUCACUGAAAGAUACUGACAGUUCAACUCCAUCUCAUCUAAACAAGCAAUCUGUUUCCACUUCAAAUGAGAAGUCUAGUUUAUAUCCUUCCUGCUCUCAACUUCCAUUUAGUUCACUUUCAACUUAUUCGACACCAGCAUCAUCAUCAAAUGCCUCUAAAACAACUGCUCCUCGUAAUUCAAAGGGACAGGUAAGAGCAUUGUACGACUUUGAAGCAGCUGAAGACAAUGAAUUAUCAUUCAAAGCUGGAGAGCUUAUUCUACUCUUAGAUGAUUCCGAUGAGAACUGGUGGUUGGGAAGCAAUAAUCAAGGUCAAGGUUUAUUUCCUGCUCAAUUUGUCAAACGUGAAACUGAACUUGAUGGAGUAAAUAAUGUCAAAUCAAGUUCAAGCGAAGUUUCUCACAAUACAGAUGUUAAAAAGAACCAAUCUACCAAAAAAAUUGUCCCCCAACUUGAUGAGAAAAAAAUCGAUGAAUGUUUACGUCUAAUUACAACUGUAGAUCCUACUGGUGAAUUUCAACAAGAUCCACCAGAAUUAAGUCAACUUGAAGCAGAAUGUAUAGCAAUGGUCCCACUUGUUGAUCCUGAAUUAAAAUUAGUUGAUAAAGAAAUUAUUAUGCUUACAGAAUUAAAUCAACGUUUAUUAGAUGCAUUUCAAUUGUAUCAUGAUAUCAUGUCACGUCAGAAUUCGUCAAAUGCUUAUUAUACCGGAAUGUCCAAUACUAUUGCUAACACCACAACCAACCCAGUAAAUCCAACAAUCCCUUAUUUACCACCAAAUACUCCGAAUAUAUAUCCAUACACCCAGCCAACAUCGUCAAUGACUAAAUCUGCAUCUGCAGUACCUAUGAAUGGAUUCACUAUGCCAACAGAUUUGAAUGGAACUGUGAUGUUCCCUCCUACUGACUCUUACCCUAUGUCAACUGGAAUUUAUGCAAAUCCACAAACAGAAACUUUCAGUGGUAAUCUUCCUCAAAAUCUUCAUAGUGGUCAAAUAUCAUCUCAACCCUUUUCUGUACAGCAGUUUUAUGAAUCAAGUCAAAUAGUACCUCCUGAUGUUGUUACACAACAAAUGCAGUCAUAUCCAUCUGGCAGUAACAAUUAUGGAGUUCCAAUUUAUCCAAUGAAUGAUUCUCAAUCUAUGGUGUAUACAGAUCAGUCAAACAACACCUUCUCAACUCAGAGAAAUCAAUAACAACCGUAGGUUUCAUCUAGUUUCAUUUUAAAAAAUGGUAAGUUCUAUGUUUGUUUUGUUUUUUCAUUUCAAUGUCAGUCAGCUACAACAUAGGACCAGGCACAUAUAUACAUCGGUCCAAGUUGGCAUACCUCAUUAACACAACAAGAUGAACAACAAAUUCAUAGAAGUAGUUAAUCCAGAGGGGGUAAUAUAUAAAAGAAAGAUUGUAAUAAGGAUAUAAUAGAAGAAGAAAGAACUAAUUCGUAUAUUUCAUUAUACCAGUUUCUAAUGUAUGACCAUAAUGUAGACCUUCAUCUCUAUCAUAAACUUGAACUGUUCUCAUAGUUUUAUUUUAUCGUAUUGUCGUAGAGCGGUAACUUAGUGAUUAAGGUGUUCGACUUUAGUUUAAACUCCUCUCCACCUACUUCAGUUUGCCCAACUAGGUUGUAGUAUCGUUAACUUUUACAUUUAGAGUGUAGCUCAUUUUCAAAUACCUGGUCAAUAAUUAAUACUGCUAUUUAAAUAAGGUAAUGAUGAAAUUCAGUAUAAAUUCUAUUUUAUCGUUCAUUGAUAUCCUAAACAGAAAUAGUGUGUUUCUCAGAUCUGAUUAAGUUUUCCUAUUUAUUUAAAUACACAAACAUUGAUACAGUGAGAUACCAAAAUAUUUAUGCACUACACAAAGUAAUUAUCACUAAAUUUGCUUAUGGGCUGGGAUAAUGCCCAGGUGCCCAAAUCGAGGCAAGCGGUUUCCACAGGGGGCCACCAACGACCUAGCCUUUGACCUAGAGGUUUUAUCCACAAGACACUGGACCAACGUUAGUAGGUACCAUGGUAGUCGGUGAUCGAGAAUAGGUUCAUACACCAUUUAUCCCUACAUGGUCCUGGAGUCCAUGUGUAUCAUUGGUCUGGAAUCAAGAUUUUCCAACUCUCCUAGAUGGAUCCUUUUUACCCACCAACCCGGUUUAAGCCUCCAUUGGACAUUGGCUUUUUCUCCUCUCAAUUUCGUAAACAACACUCCUGCUGCGGGAAGGACGUCUUUGAUAAUGGGUAUGUAGUAGUAUGUACGUACGCGUGUCCAUGCACGAGAAUUUGGAGAGAACUCUUCCCAUCCUUGGCCUAACCAGGGCAUUUAGCAACCUAGAUGUACACCAUGUAAAAAGUGAUAAGCAUUUGUGUUCAAGUAAUCAUUAAUUAUCGUUUUAUGCGUAGUAUAUCCAGAUUAUUGAAUGAGAAAGAAACGGUUUCAUAGAGGAUUUCAUCCAGGAAGUAUGCAUUCUACUUCACAUCAGUUGCUUGAUAAUCAUAAUAACCACCAUCACUAUAAGGGUGAAUGAGUAUUUACUCAAUUGUGUGGCUAGUCUUCACUUUUCUCCUCGAUACUAACCAGCCUGAAAUGUCCUGGUACGGCCGAGAGUGGGGAGAGUCCGCUCUCCCUCUCGAAAUACUCUCACAUGGCCACGCGUAUAUUAGCCUCUGCCAGGGAAGUCCUACUUACUGGCUUUUCGUGGCGGGGGUGUUGUUUACGAAAUUGAGGGGACGAAAAGCGAAUGUCCGGCGCUUUAACCGGAUUCCAAACCAAUGGUGCAUAUGGGCUCCAGUAUCCUGCGGGAACAAAUGGCGAAUGAAUCAAUUGUUGGUCACCGGCUUCCAUGGGACUGCAUCUCUUUACGAUGCUCCACUGCCCUGUGGAUCAAACCUUCAGGCCGAAGGCUCCGGGUGUGGCCCUCUAAGAAAACCACCUGCUUCGGUUUGGACACCCGGGCAGUAUCACAGCCCUCACACAUAUCGAAUGAGAUUUGUGUGGCGCAUAUGUAUUUGGUGCCUCCUUGUACCAAUAUCUAUGUGUUAAAAUAAAUAAAUUAAAAUAAACGUAUACAUACAUCAAAUAACCCUUAAUUUUAAACUUCUCAUUAGUAUUCCAUCGUUAAAUUGUAAUCGAUUUUAUUUUCUCUCUUCAGCUAGGAAUCCUGAGAACCAUUUUACUCAUGAAAAUGAAAGAUAUGCUAUCAAGACGGGUUUUGUUCUGUUUUUCACAAAAGAAAAGUUUCAUUCCUUCGAUAUAAUAAAUAAAUGAUUUCUUUUAUAAACAGUUAAGUAAGCUCUAAUAAACUUUAACCGUUUUCAAUUUGUCUUUCAUUCUCAACUACUACUCACUACUAGUAGUAGUUCAUCUGUUUGUUUGUUUUUUGUCUGUAAACUUCUAUCAAAUUAUCUUCAUCUUAUCAUUUGUGAUUUCAUUAAAUAUAAUUCUUAU